GCAGCAGUGUUACUCGCAUACCUCAGUUGGUGCUCGACCAACUUCUGAUACGAGAAUAACAAAAAACAUAAACAAUCAAUUCCUUCCCUCAGGUCAGUCGUUUUGUUGUGGAAACUACCUGGUUAGAUAAUUUGAUAACAUCUACAUUUGCAACGUUGAAUCAACGAGACAACACCAAUAAAUUGUGCUGUGUUUUGGCGGAUCAGCUAGCUACGUAACGUUAGCUAGCUGACUCGACAUCUGACAUAGCGAGCUAGCAGCUAGCUAGCAACCACUACGGAUGCAAUCUAGCUAGCGGCUUUCGUUAUCAAAUACUCCCAGCAUGCUGAUGGUGGGAGGCGAUGGACGGAUGCAGUAAAAUGAGUGUGAUGGAGCUGUGUGAGACGGAUGAUCUGGCCACCAGCUUGGUGCUGGACCCCUUGCUGGGGUUCAGCACCCAUAAAAUGAACGUCAGCCCCCCCCCAGAGGUCCGUCGUUGGGGCUACCUCAAAGAGACUCUGCUACGCUUCCAACGCACACAUGACUUGCAGGCCACCUUUGAGGCCCUCACAGUGGGAGACUGGGCCUGUGACUACUUCACUGGACUGGGCACCCACCGCCUGGAACUACUGAAACAGCAUGUGUAUCGCUAUCUCUGUGCCUUCCUGUUGGAUAGCGGUGUCCAGAUUGAGUCAUGUGACCGAUACUCUUCAGAAACCAACGGAGCAAAGAUAACCUCUACCAAGCACUGGUUUGUAGGUGAGCGGAUGGAGGUUCUGCUGGGUUGUAUAGCCGAGCUGAGUCCAGCAGACAGUGCUGUUCUGAGAGCAGGGGUGAAUGACUUUAGUGUGAUGUACUCCACUCGUAAGCGCUGUGCACAACUCUGGCUUGGGCCUGCUGCUUUCAUCAACCACGACUGCAGACCAAACUGUAAGUUUGUUCCUGGCGAUAAGAAUGGAGGCUGUGUAAAAGUGGUGAGGCCCAUCGCACCUGGGGAGGAGAUCACCUGUUACUAUGGCGACAGCUUUUUUGGAGAAGACAAUGAAAUGUGUGAAUGCUGCACCUGUGAGAGGAAGGGAGAGGGUCACUUCCGACACAGAGAGAGGCAGCCUGGUUGUGAUGACUCAAAUGAUCUGUCUGGCCAGAAGUACCGCCUCAGAGACACAGACCUUCGUCUUAACAGAGGGAAAGCACCCUGUCCUCCUACAUUUCGGCCUACAUUUACAUUUUCAAAUUCAGCUAUCCCUUCAAGGAAUUCAUUUACCCAGCAGAUGAAGAGAAAUGCUCUGAUGAUGAGCAGGAAGACCAAAAGGUUGAAACAGGAGGGGCAAAGGAGGAUAUCGGGAAUGAAGCAGCAACGGCUGAUAAUGCCAUCCCUAUCAGAGGUGGUGUUGAGGAACCUUAGGGUCCGAGUACGGCGCCACACGUUCAACUUCUUGUUGAGCUGCAAGGACCCCACCAGUAAAGAGAGGGCCUUGCUGCACCAGCUUGAACAUGUGGAGGCAAAAGACAAGUGGAGGAAGGAACAAUCUGCUCUCUGCUGUACAACCAAAGAGAAUGACAAAAAAGAGAAGAGCAGCAAUAUUUGUGAGUUAAACCUGAAGCCUUUCACUCUUCACUCUUCCUUGUCUUCUCAACAGAAAGCUGGACCAGCAGUUUGUGGACAGAUACUGGGUGGCAAGCCCCUUCGAGUGGUGGAAAAAGUAUCUGUCCAGACAAGGAUAUCUUCCAGAACAAGGAGCAUGAUCAGAAACUGUCACACACGCCAGCCUGUUUCCAGAGCCAAGAAGAACAACAAAAUCAUUAGCAAGCGCACUGAACUCACCAAACCCAUUUACAGAAAAAGCAACAGCGCAAGUCCUCAGAAACACAUGGAUAGCUGUAGUGGAAAAGAUGCCACGCACAAUAUUAUCAAAGAUAUUCAUGGAACCAAUUGCAUAACCAUCGAAGAUAACACCAGCGGCAACAACAACGAUGUGGCAUACAUCAGCAACAGAACAUACACUGGAGGAGGCGGGCCCAAAGGCAGCAAGGCUCAGGGUGCAGAUCAGAACCCAGUGGAUGUGAAAGUGGAAAUCAAAACCAUUGGAGAAUCGGGGACUGAUAGGACACUUGUGGCGAGCAAACCCACUGGUAAAAGGGUUGAAGUUUGCCAAAGUGCUUUGGAUAAAGCCAAGAAGCCUGGGAAUCACAAGAAACCCAUUAGUACUCCCAUUGUCACUACCACCCCUAGCACCAUUUCUCUCUCUUCCCCCUCACUUGGCCAUGUUCCAGUAAUGUCAGGACUGAAGCAAGUCACAGUUAGCUUGAUAAGAGUGUCUGUGCCGGGAAGUGUAGCAGAAGAAAGGGCCUGUCCAGGAUUGGAGGGAAAGGGCAUUGUGAGAAGAGAGAGCAGCGUACCAGUGCAAGCAGAACAGUUGGCUAGAUCAGCUACACAGGGAGGAGAGGCAGAAACCAGAGUGUCCAGGUCCCAGCAGAAGUCCAUGGAGGAAGCAGGCAGAGAGUUGUCAGAAGCUGAAGGUAAGAAAGGGGUGAGGGAAAUGUAUUUCAAGGCUAAGGUUAACAAAAUUGAUGUAGGGAGGGGACAGACUUCUGUGGUGAAGGUUGAUUUACUACAUGGUGAGAAAGGGGGAGGUGAUAAGGUCAUUGAAAUAGAAGCUGCUUGUGGGGUGGAACAGGUUAGUGUGGCUGGUAAGGGGCAUAGGGGGAGUGUAAAAUACAUUGACAGAGGGGCAAAACUAAAUAGGGAAAGUGUACAAUCUCUAGUUGUUGGCUGUGAUAAGAGGGUGCUUAGAGGGCGAAAUGAUGCAGAAGAACAGAGUAAUGGAAAAGUAGGAGGAGGAGGACAAAAUAGCAAAAGUUGUGACAGCAUUAUCCAAAAGGAUGGAGGUAAGAAUGAGAGGGUGUCUGAAAUGGUAAAGGGGAGUAGUAUGCCCAUAACUAUGGACAAGAAGGGAAUUGUCAUCAAACAGGUGAGGGUUCUACUUUCUGAUAUUCUAAGAAAAGAGCGGGAUCAGAAGGCUGGGAGCUCAGAAAGUGGGAACACAGGAAAGAAAGAUCUAAUUUCCUCCAAGCAAAUGGAAGAUGGCAGAGAGGCAAAUAAUGAUGGAGGGAAAGGGGUGAGGGAACAAAUAUUAUCUGAUGCACAGAUAAAUAGUUUGCCUCACGCAAAAACACAAAGUGGGAUAAUUUCCAAACGGGGGAAAGGAAGGGCUAGUAAGAUGAAACUUGAGGAUCCAGGCCAAGGCUUGCAUGUUCACUCGCCACAAAGUAAUGAUGAUUUAGUCCCAGCGAAAGAUAGGCUUUCCAAGUCUCCCCCUCCCUCUUCAGAAUAUCUUCAGGCACACACCCAGGCCAACAUUCCUCUGAAGAAACGGAUGUUCCGUAAUUCAGUGGAGACUGACUCUGAGCAGAGCAUCAACUCUCCUGUGUCAGAGCCCUCCUCCAAGGACCUCAGACCCUCAACAGAGCUGAGGCAGAAUCUUACUCUGUGUUCAGGAAGAGAAACCAAAGCUAUCAAAGUGUUGAAGGAGGACAGCGGUAGAGGUGGGUUGCGGUCAAAUAGUGACCCUAAGUCUACGGUUUCAGAGCUUGGGGUCCAAUUUCGGACACAGGCCUUCAAGAGGACAGCAAAACAAAAUGCAACUCCCAGAAUGCUGCGUCCCAGAGUCAAUCAACUGGAACAAGACCGGCCACGGAGGAGUGCAGGAAAGUAUAAAAGAGGGACCCAAGACGCAGAGGUACUGGAGAAUGAAUCUGAUGAGGUCAAACACAAUGCAGGGCAUGAUGAAAUCUCACCGGAUUCUAGAAAAGAACAUGUAAAUGAAGGAGAGAAGAAGCCAGAAUUACAUACUGAGUUAGUGAAUUCACUCACCUCGCCAACAUGUAAGGAAGAGAAUGGGAAAGGGCAGAGCCUCAACUUCAAAAUUCGUUUUAAGAGAAAAAGGGGCAAAGUGUGGGAGUUGGACAGACCUGCAGGAGGAGAGGAUUUGAUUAUUGAAGCAGAAAAGUCUAUUGAUUCACAACAAUUGGAGCCUUAUAGGGCCAUUUUAGAUUCUGUGUCAAUCUUGAACUUAGAAAUGAAGAAGGGUGCCCAGGUAGAUGGGAAAGAGACUCAUGACGUACGAUUUUGGAAGAGACGUAAAGUUAGACGAGACAGAUUGGGGAGUUUGAAAGCUAGAGGUCCCAUUUUGAUGAAUAGGCAGGGUGAGGUUGUAGCUGUAGACUCGAAAGAGAGAAAAAAACAACGGGGGGAGCUCAGCGAGGUAGAGAGAAAUGAGGUGCUAGACGAGGUUAUUUAUGGAGGAAAGCAACUGCCAGGAGAAAAGGACCAUACAAUUUCUAGUGAGGGUAUGUCUGUCGGAGUGGAGGGACUGCAAUGUGACUAUCAAGUGACACCAAGCUCUGUUAGAAUCUGUGAAAAAGAAAAAGAUAUUCCGUCCUUGGAUGGAGACGGAGAACAAGUGAAGGAUACUUCUAUUAGAGUGGAGAGUAGUUUGGUUGACAGUGGGGCACUGCAUGAACACAAAGUAAAGGAAGAAGACCAACCCUUGCCACGGAUCAAACUGCGGAGAAAAAUACAGGGUGUAUGGGAGGUGGACAGCCAGGAGUUGGAGCAGAGUGAAGCAGAGUCUGAAAAAGAGAAGAAGGAAAUUACAUGUGUUAAGCCAAAAGAAGAGUGCCCUUCUCAGCCUUCCGCCUGCCAGAAACUCAACAGUGCAACCAAGAAAACAGAACCCCCCCCCCUCACUUUAUCUCUCUCACCCUUGACCCUUAACUCACCCCAACCUUUGGGUUCUGAUGUGAUGGCUUAUGCUCCUGAAACAAUGAAUGAUAGGGCCAUGCCAAAAAUCAGUAAUCGAGGAGGAAGGGGAAGAGGAAGGAAGGAAAGGCAAAAAACAGAGACUGUUCGUAAGAGUGCAACUGGAGAGAUGGGAACUUCUUGUCUUAGUCAUAACCUGCUACAGAUAGACAACAGUCUUUCUAGACUUUCCGAAGGGUUAUGUCAGUCACAAUCCUUAGAAAAAAACAUACCUUCUGAUUACACUGCUUCCACCUCAAAGAUUCCGUCCCAGUCUCAGUCUCCACCGUUCAGUUUUCCAGAAAGGAUGCUUUCCACAGAAUCCAGCUUUGCUAAUUGCUGUGAAGAUCUCCUCGACUUCCAGUGUCUCAAUCUUGAAGGGUUCUAUCAUCCACAGAACAUCCUCCAAACCUCUCCAAUAGACCUCUGUCCAAUGGAUCCACCCAGCGGGCCCUUUAGUAGUCCCCUCUCUCAUAGCCCCUCGGAUGCUUGGAACCCAGAAACUCCAUACCUUGGCCCUCCAAGCCCAGGAAGUAUUUUCAAUGCAGAGGAUCAGCAAUUUCUUAAUGGUCUUGUGUGCUCCAAAAAUGAGUCUCUCCCUUUGGAUUGUGGAGUUAAGGAUACUUCCAAAGACAGAGGGCAGCUCAAUGCAAAUUUUAGUUUUACACCCCUGAGCAGCGCUGAAGGGACUUUCAUGGAUCGUUUUUUGAUGAAGAAUCCUGGUAUGAAACUGUCAAAAGAAGAUUCUAAGACACAGCCCUUAUCUUCAGCAGCCAAAACCCAGUACUCUCACAAAGAAUCAUUCAUGUUUAAUACAAAUACUCCAUCCAUCGGUUCCCAUUCCCAGAAUACCCCAGUCAAUGUUCUCAAUCAGAGCACCAAUGGUACUAAAGCUAGUUUUACCCAUUCAAAUUUUUCUAAGGUCCAGCCUCAAGUCAAAACUCCGGGUCCCUUCCACCUGAUGAGCUCUUCCAACAAAUCUCAAUAUUCUUCCACCUCUCAGCCAGUGCCAAGUUCCUUCAAAACUGGGCCCCAGAAUUACUCAGCCAAGUCCGUCCAUUCACCUCAAAUGGUUUCUAACAAGUUUGGCUCACAAUUAAAUCCUAAUGUAGGAGAUGCUUUUCGCAACACCUAUGACAAAAGCUCCAGUGUGAUCCAGAGUGUGCUUAAGUUUCAAGGAGGGAAACCAAGUCAGAAUUUGAAUAGUGCCCCUUCUAAAGUUAAUAUUGCCGCUGGCAGCCCUAAAAUUGCGCCCAAACCUCACAUUGCCAAAUCUAGGUACAGUGACACUGAGAAGGUCCACCAGAGUAACAAAUGUUCAGCUUCUAGUACUGGCGGUCAAAAAGGUAGCAUGCCCAGUUAUAGCAUCACUUCGGGAAAAGAUCCAAUUCGUCUCAAUGCAUCAAACUACCCCAUCAAGUCAAAUCUUCACAAUGACAAAGUCCAUCCAGAUUAUUUCCAGACGUCCAGUAAAAGUACACCGACAGCUUUGGAGAAGCCGCCCUCUGACAAACCCCAAUACACUGAAACCAGCUUUGGAAGCAAAAACUUCUCUACUCUCCCAAGGCCUUUCUUUUUCCCCAGCCAAGCACCUCAGAGUUAUGGGUCUCCUCAUGGCAAACGUUUGAAUCAGGACAAGCCCUGUGCUGCUGUGCACUCCCAGAACCCUCACUCUUCCUAUGCCACAUCGGUGUCACCUGACAAACUGUGUUACGAUUCCUCAGACUUUACCUUUUCCACCUCGCUCUCUCCCUCUAUGUCUCAGCACAAUAGCCCCCAAGUAGCCCACAGCUCUCCCUCUGGAUCACAGACACCAGCAAACAAACAGCAGCCCCCCUCCUCCUCCUUCUCCUACUCUUAUGGUCACCAAGGUCCACCUUACGUGGUCAACUUUACUGGUGACCACUCAGUCACCAUGGGCCUGGGAGAUUACCCAGGGUCACCUCCCACCAACUAUACGUACCGCUGCCUCAUGGAGCCUUCGGGCACCCAGGGGAGGCUGGUUCUGGAGCCCUGUGGACCCCAACUCUCACACUCACCGUCUUUCUCUGUGGGGGGCUUUUCAGGGCUUAAAGGCCAGGAUGACCACUGCAAGAGGGACAUACAACAGCAGUGCCAGCCCAUAGACCACCCACCAACAUCCCACCAUGCGCCCACAUCCUCACACUCCUUGAAUACCCCGGUCUCAGACCGAAAGCCCAAGAGACUGAGGCUAGUGGUUACUGAUGGGCUAGUGGAUCUGGACCUCCAGUAUACAGACUGAUUUAUACCUGUCCUUCUCAUCUGACUUUGAUUCAGCUUGUAAUAUAUCAACAUUAUUGUAUAGAAUUGUUCAUGAGGAGCAUAUCUCUGCCCCAAUGUUUUUUAAACAAUUUCCACAGUCUACAUAUCCUUAAGUUUGUUUAAUGGUUACUGGUGUUUGUUCUAUUCCCUCUCUUGGAUACUAUUAUGAUAUGAAUGUCUCAGAGAAGGUUUUAUUGACAUCUGUGGGGAUCGAGUAAUGCUUAUGCUUAACAGUUUUACUUCUAUUUAUUUUGUGAAUAAAACCAUCUUCUGUGUAAGUUCAGUGAUUUGCAAGAGGAAAAUAUGUAGUGAAUAGAUCAGUCAGUCUCCAGAAUCCUUUCAUAGUCUGUCAUAGCAGAGGUUAGCCUCAAGGUGGGCACAUUGAACCCUCUAGGACAGCGUUUCCCAAACUCGGUCCUCGGGUCCCCAAGUGGUGCACGUUUUGCUUUUUGCCCUAACACUCCUAACACUACAAAGCUGAUUCAUAUAAUCCAAGCUUGAUGAUGAGUAGAUUUUUUUGAAUCAGCUGUAUAGUGCGAGGGCAAAAACAAAAAACUUGCACCGGGUUUGGGAAACCCUGCUCUAGUAGUGUGUGGAGGCCUUCUUAUUGUACUGUAACAUAGUUGAAUGGAUUGUUCUCUAAAAUGGACAUGUCAGGAAGAUAGGCCUACACAAACCAUUUGUGCAUUUCAGAACAUGAUUACUUUAUUACUUUUACAUAAAACGUGUUUUAAAGUUAAAGUUCUAAAACAAGCAAAGUGUGCCUCUAACAUGUUUCUGUGAUUUUGGGCAGUAGGGCUUUGAUUCGUGUCGGUUUAAGUACUGUCUACGAGCUCUAAAAUGUACAGUUUUAUUGGGUCUGCAUUCUGUUUCACUAAGUACAUAGAUGUGCAAGUGUGUGUGGGAGUGAGGAGGAAUUUUAGGUACCAUGCUUUUCUGUACAUGGUAUGUUUGUGCACUGCCUUGCCAAUUUGAGUUAAGAUUAGCAGUUUAUGCUGCAUCAAGAAAUGCACAGUGCAUGAACAGUGUGUGUACUGUAGAAUGAGUUCCAGGCCUGUAAAUUCCAGGACAACUCCACUGGGGGGGUGGCGUGCAUGACAUUAACUGCAGCUCUGCAGCUGCUGUCCAGAGCUCCCACAGUAUACGAGGGAGGGAGACCGGGUGGGUGGGAGACUGACUGCAAUGUUUUCUGCAGAAUGAGGUUUUCUUUGGUCUUGUGUAGAUCAAGGGGUAGAUGAUACUGUAUUAGUGGGGCAACUUGGACUAAGUGGGUACAUUUUGUGUUCCCUCCCUUCCUUCUUUACCCUCUGCAUCCACACUGAGAAUACUUGGUGGUUAUGGCAUUAUUUAUGAAGCAACUUCAAAGCAAUCUGUUGUGAAUUAGAGCAAGGGCUGUGACUUGUUACUUGAUAAUCUUGCUUUUAGUCUUGUCUCGCUCAUUACUUAAUUGGAUCACACUGGUUAGGCUAGUUGUAGAUGGUGAUCACAAUGAAAUGUUAUCCGAGAAAUGUGUAGUCAGCCACGUGGUUGCAUGUAUUAUUUUUACAUCCGUGAAUGAGAUUCGUUGCUCUUUCUUACACAUUUGUAAUGUCGUUUGAACAUUCCACUUUCCUCAUCUAGACAUUGUUCCAGUAGCAAUCCAACAGAGGUACUCAAUAGGACUACAUAAUCUUAUAUAAAUACCAUGAAGUAGUAAUGUCUGUGUCUAUGUGUAUUAUUAUUAUUAUUAUUAUUAUUGAAAAUGGUGCUUUAUUGUAAUUUAAUAUUUUACACAUAAUAUUGAUUGUUCGAGAUAUGAAAGGUUUGUUUAUAUUACAUGAUAGAACAUAUUGUUUAUUUACUUUUUAAAAAAUCUAACAUUUCAUUUAUGGUUCCCCGACGUCUCCCCUGGACCAAGAUUUAGAGUUGAUUCAGGUGGUGAUAUAUAAUCAGCCUUUUGAAGAGGUAAACAUUCUAAUGGUCUGCUGUAGAAUUGUAAAAUGUAAAUCAUUAAAGAAAAAUGCAUUCUUUUUUUGAAUUAA